AUGCAGCUCUUCAGAGUUAUCCUCUUAUCCACUGCAGUCAGCGCAGCAAACAUCAAAGAGCGUACUGGCUCAGGAGGCUGCAACAGAGAUAACUGUCUCCGCGCCGUUCAAGGCACUGCUAAGGGACCUGCUCAAGUGCAGAUUGCCCGCACUGAUUGUAGUUCUUUCCUUCAGGUGACUACUACGGUCCCUUCAAGGACCGCAACUGUUACUCACACAGCAACCGUUACUGCCCCAGCUGUCCUCCCCAAGCGCAAUAAUGCUGCAAAGACCGUCCCUACUUAUGCAUCUGCCUGCUCUGGAGCAGCUCGCUACUCAAGUGCCUGUUCAUGCUGGGGCAUUACAGCUGGCACCAAGACAAUUACCAGUGGGGUUACCACCAAAACAGUCAAGACAACCGUCACGGUCCCAGCGAAAUCAUCAUGCACUGUAGCGCCUAAGACCGACAAGUGUGGUGAUAAAUGUGUUGAUCUGAAGAGCGACCCCAAGAACUGUGGUGCCUGUGGAGUUUCUUGCUCAAGCGGAACUUGCACCAACGGUGUCUGUGCCGCCACAACCUGUACCAAUCUCGGAACCUGUGACAAUUUCAGCACAUGCGGUGCUGGCGGCGCCUGCGUCUGCGCCUCGACAUCUGACAAUACCGGUUUCUGCGUCAGUGGCGAUACACCUUGUGCUGGACUUGCAGAUUGCCAAACCAGCGCUGAUUGCGCGCUUGGAAGUGUGUGCGCGGUUGGUUCUUGCUGUACUCGGAAUGUCUGUAUUGCCGCCGAUGCUUGUGGUGGAUCCAAUCUACCGAAGUUCUUGUUUGCACGGGUGUCUUAUGACACGGUUGGACAUAGAGGCUCUUAA